AUGGAGCCUGGAGGAGUGAUCGCGGAGGCGGCUUGGAGCUCGCUCGACAUGUCGUCACAAGCAGCUGAGGAGUCGGAGAUGAUGGCGCAGCUGCUUGGCACCUGCUUCCCCUCCUCCAAUGGUGAGGAUGAUCACCAGGAGCUUGCUUGGUCUGGUGAUGCGUCCAGUGCCUACUACCUCCAUUGCAAUGCUAGCUCUAGUGCAUAUAGCUCUACAAGUAGCAACAGUGCUGGUAGCUUCACCCUCAUUGCACCAUCUGAGUAUGAGGGUUACUAUCUGAGUGAAUCAAAUGGGGCCCUGGGGAUCCAGGAGCAAGGUGCAGCUCAGUUUAUGGAUGUCAUUCUCAACCGGAAUGACGAUUUGGGCUUUGAGGAUCUUGCUGACUCGAGCGUCAAUCUGCUGGAUUCCAUCGGCGCUUCUAACAAAAGAAAGAUUCAGGAGCAAGGCAGACUGGAUGACCAAACAAAAAGUAGGAAACCCACAAAGAAGGCUGGCUCGAAGCGGGCAAAGAAGGCGAUGCAAUGUGAAGGCGAGGAUGGCAGCAUUGCUGUCACCAACGGGCAGAGCCUGAGCUGCUGCACCUCUGAAAAUGACUCGAUUGUGUCCCAAGAAUCUCCGGUUGCUGCUAAGCCGAAUUCCAAGGCUCAAUCCGGCCAUCGGUCAGCAACUGAUCCCCAGAGCCUCUAUGCAAGGAAAAGAAGAGAGAGGAUCAAUGAGAGGCUGAAGAUAUUACAGAACCUUGUUCCAAACGGAACCAAAGUAGAUAUCAGCACUAUGCUUGAAGAGGCAAUGCAUUAUGUGAAGUUCUUGCAGCUUCAAAUCAAGCUCCUCAGCUCCGAUGAAAUGUGGAUGUAUGCACCGAUUGCUUACAAUGGGAUGAACAUCGGAAUCGAUUUGAACCUCUCUCAGCAUUGA